CUCUUCGACGAACUCAUCAUUCACUUGGAAACUCUUAACUACAUAGCAUUCUUACAACAUUCUUCAAUUCGUUAACAAACACUAAAAGAGAAAAUGGCAUCCAUAGGAGCAAGUUACGCACCCGUGUAUCUUAUGCAAAAGCAGCUCAAGGAGAAGAAGAUGAAGAGAGAAAAGGUGAGAGAAGAAAAAGCUCAAAGUGUCGCUGUCGUCGAAACCUCUUUGGCGGCAGGAAGGAAGUCUAACAAAAUCUACCCCUCUCGCUCAUCUUACAGUGAACAAGUAGAGACCAAAUCACAAGAGUGAAAUCUAAAGUAAUGAAGAGAAUUCUUGGAGGACUGGUUCAGACGUAUCUCUAUGUAACUCGUCUUUUGUAUAUAACAUGUUUGCAUAUGUGUAUAUGUGUGUGUAUGGGACAGGUCUAAAACAUAUCAUGCGGGUUACUUGAUGCCCCCUUUGUCAGAGUGUUAAAGGUUGUUGUAUGCAAAGUGUAUUUUUUUUUUGCCGGUGUUUGCAAAGUGUAUAUGUUAAAGGAUUUGUACUCCAA